UGAUGACAACGGGAAAACAAGCAAACUUGUUAUAUGGAAACACCCCGGAAAUGAUGUCACAGGAAUGUUAGGGCGAUGUGAAAAGGUGGUCUCCACAUGUGAAAAGCUUUUAGGCGGUGAGGUAUACCACUAUCACACUAAACUGAUGAUGAAAGAACCUUUCACUGGCGGAAGUUUUAUCUGGCAUCAAGACUAUGGAUACUGGUAUCAUAAUGGAUUUCUGACUGCUGAUAUGAUGACUGUGUUUAUUGCAGUAGAUAAAUGUAUUAAAGAAAAUGGCUGUCUAGAAAUCAUAAAAGGAUCACACAAAUGUGGAAGAAUUGAACACAAACAAGUUGAAGGUCAAACCGGUGCUGAUAUAGAGAGAGUGGAGCUGAUCAAACAAAAGUUACCUCUAGAACAUGUAGAAAUGAAUCCAGGUGAUGCUUUAUUUUUCCACUCUAAUUUGUUACACGCCAGUAAUGCUAACAACAGUGCUCUCCGUCGUUGGGCUUUACUUUCAUGUUACUGCAAGGCAACUAAUGACACAGUAACACCUCACUGUCUGCCAAGUUAUACACCUCUAAAAAAGGUACCAGAUUCAGCAAUUUGUAAGUGUACUAAUUUGGACUGUACAGGGAAAGACUUCAUGGACCCCAAAAAAGAUAAUAACAUUAAAUCUACAACAGAAGACAAAAACAAAGCUAGCUGACUUACAUCUAAUAUUAUGAUUCUCAGUUAUAUAUCCUAUAUCAUAUAGUGAUUUUGCAUCUAGAUUUUUAAGAAACGUACUUGAAACAGUAUCUUUUUGUCUCGUGAAGGAGAGACAAUUUAAAUGGUUUAGAGUCAAGAUCCCCAUUACAAAUGCAUUAUAGAUCAUCACAUUCUUAAGACAAACGUGCAAGGACCUGAUAUUUUUAAAGGACUUUUACUACCACUUGGCCAUUUUCACUGCUGGUGAACGUUACGUCCACGAGGUUAUGACCAACCAGGUAUUAAGCACUUCUGUGGUGUCAUAAAAUAUAAUUGAUUCGUCAUUUUUGAAAAUUUACUGAUCAUAAAAAAUCAAAAUCAUUUGUACUUCAGUUUUAGUUCUAGCACUACUUGAAAGUCUUGUGUAGACGGGACUUGCGCAUUUUCAAAAACCACAUGCUGAUACCACUGCUGCGGGAGCGAUGAGGGUUUAAUAAACAACAUAAAAUGUGAAUGCAAAUAUAUUUAGUAUUUUGUACUUCUUUAAAAAUAUAAUGUAUAAUGUAAUAUGAUCAUUAUUUGAGCACUGUAAAGCAGGACAUAUAAUCCAUUCGGUUUCAAAAUAUUUAGUAAAAUAUCAGGUGUUUUGCUUAUUCUAUUUCUUCCAUGUCUGCAUGCGUUGAAAUUGACGGUCAGCCACUAUCAAUCAAGGGCAUACGAUACAGUUACAGGGAAGGUAAUGACGUCGCUAACGUAAAAUGUUAUUUUUCGCGACGUCAAGCGAUGACAUAUCGGGAAAUUAUGAUGCAUUUUUCGACUGAUUUUUAUCAUUCAGACUGAUUUAACUUGAAAACGAGUACAUUGACCCUAUUUUUAAACAAGGCAUAGGCCUGAUUAUGUAGGAAAUAAUUUGUGCUUACUUUUAUUAUUAUCAAAACACCGAUCAAAUUGUUUUUAAAUUAGAUAAAUAUAUACAGCAAAAAAAAUUUCUUUAACAAAAUUAUGAAUUUUUUAUCAAAAUGUAUUAUUCCCAAAGAAUUGUUACACAAAUUCAAAGCACAUUUUAUGUUGAAAAGAUAUUCCAAAUGUUUUACUAAAUUCCGCUUGCGAUUAUCUUUUGAAACAAUUGAAACAAAAAAAGUAAGGUAUGUCUUUCUAAAGGAUGGAAAUGUCCAAGAAACCGAAAUUUCCAUUAAAUGCCUAAAAUUUCGACACCAUUUAUCUCUAAAAGUAGCAUAUGAAGGUAUACUUUUUAUUACAUAUUUUAAUUGUCUUGGUGACUAGGUGAAAAAACAGCUUGUAUGCAAAUUUUCGUCAAAAAUUCACCGUGGGAUGAAAACCGAAUCGUAUGCCCUGGCCUUAAAUCAUAUCAUUACAAUGUUAGGCCUCAAUACUUAUAAAGAUCUGAUUAUGUCAUCUACCAUGCCUUCAUACAUAGUAUAUUGAGAUUCUGCAUCUUCCACCACACAUUGUGGACUUUUGACCAGUACAUGUCAUGUUGCAUUCACUUUCUGGUACUCUUGGAAAGGUGACUGUGUCCAUAUUGUUUCCACAAAAACAUUCACGAGCAUUCUACAUAAAAUAUAUUUUUUUAGUUGUUAUAGAAUUUGUAUGCAUUUAAAGCAAACAGACUUGCAACUGAAUAAACUAAAGUUAUAUAAUAUUA